CAACAGCGCUAACCAUUGUGCGUAGUCCGCCCGUGGAACUGCUGAAAAUAUGCAAAAGUAUGAAAAACUGGAAAAAAUAGGAGAAGGCACUUAUGGCACUGUUUUCAAAGCCAAAAACCGUGAGACCCACGAAAUUGUUGCUCUGAAAAGAGUCAGACUGGAUGAUGACGAUGAGGGCGUUCCAUCAUCUGCUCUCCGUGAAAUUUGUCUGCUCAAGGAAUUAAAACACAAAAAUAUUGUUCGUCUCUAUGACGUACUCCACAGUGAUAAAAAAUUAACUCUAGUCUUUGAACACUGUGAUCAGGAUCUGAAAAAGUAUUUUGAUAGUCUUAAUGGAGAGAUUGAUUCAGAUGUGGUUACGUCUUUCUUAUAUCAGUUAUUACGUGGAUUGGCUUUUUGUCAUAGUCGAAAUGUAUUACAUAGAGAUCUCAAGCCCCAGAAUUUGCUCAUUAAUAAAAAUGGCGAGUUGAAACUCGCUGAUUUUGGACUGGCGAGGGCUUUUGGCAUUCCAGUUAAAUGUUACUCAGCUGAGGUUGUCACAUUGUGGUAUCGCCCACCUGAUGUACUAUUUGGAGCUAAAUUGUACACAACGUCGAUUGAUAUGUGGAGUGCAGGUUGCAUUUUUGCUGAACUGGCAAAUGCAGGCAGACCACUUUUCCCGGGGUCCGAUGUGGACGAUCAACUCAAAAGAAUAUUCAAAAUGUUGGGAACACCAACAGAGGAAACGUGGCCCGACUUGACACUCCAUCCAGAUUAUAAAGCAUUCCCACAAUAUCAUCCGACACAGGGUUUAGCCUUAGUUACACCUAAACUUCCUACUAGGGGAAAAGACUUGCUCCAGAGAUUAUUAGUUUGUAAUCCAGCACUGAGAUUAUCAGCGGACGAAGCAAUGGCACAUCCCUACUUCAAUGAUUUGAACCCUGCCAUAAAAACCGAUCGAUGCCAAUAACGAGAUUCCUCCACAGAUAGAGUUCAACUUAUCGCACCUGUGUGUGAUGCGGCGACCAAGGUACUUAAGAGAGUGAAACCAAAAAUAAUAUAUGUAACGAUAACGAGACUCCUCUGAAUUAUUUAUAAUACGCGUCUACGUGGAUAGAUCAAAUUUCAGAAAUUGAAAACAAGUUUGGUUUUCUAUGCAAUUGUCCAGAACUAAUCAAUAAAAUUGUCAAUUUUACGAACUGGUA